CUAGUUCUGAAACUGUCCUAUUCAUGCUUCACGUUUUACAACUUUCCUGCCAGCCGACACAAAAUCGCAAAUUGGGCAGAGGGCAACGGAAAGGAUCGUUUUGAUAUCCCUGCGGAACACCGCAUCGAUCCUCCGCCCAUCUCUCUAUCUCCUCGUUUGCUUGUUUAUUUCAUUAUCCAGAUCGGAUUUGGGAUCCACUCGCUGCAUUCCUUCUUCUUUUUUUUACCUCUUUAACCCAAUUUUUUUUUUACUGCCCAUCCCUUUCUUUUUAAUUUAUUAUAACUUGAUUUGCCAAUUCACGACCAUGCUGUUGAAGGUUUAUUCCAUGGAGUCCUAUUUUACUGGAAUUUUUCUGAUUAAUUUAUUUUAGGGUUUCCUAAUUGAUGGUCUGGCUUGUCGAUCUUUCUCUUGUGUAGAAGCUAGGGUUUUGCUGAACACUGAUGGGUUGUUAGCAAAUUUAAGGAAUGCGGUUGGUGACGUGUUUGGAUUCGGCCUCAGGGAUGGGUUGUGAUAUUAUUCAAGCCCUUUUGAGACGUCUUAUAUAAUGUUUUCAUUUAUGAAUCGGUAAGGUUGGGUUGAGAACAUCUGCAAGAUGGAAGAACAAUUCAUACUCCGUGUCCCUCCAUCUGUAACCGAGCGUAUAGAACGCCUUCUCAGUGAGAACGCUUGUUAUACUGAAGACGGUUCGUUGGAUUUAUCCUUUUCGGAGGAUGGAAGAACUGGUACUUUUAUGAUUGGCAGUAAAAGAUUUCCUGUUUCCCUCUUGGAUCUUCCUUGCAUAGCUGAAUCUUAUAAAACUUAUGAUGAUAGUGUGUUGAUCAAAACUGCUGAUAUUGGCCAGAUUAUUAUGGUAGAAGAAGGUGAUCCUGCUCCAGAAGGGGUUGAGUACAAGCAUGGCCUUACCCCACCAAUGAAGGAUGCUCACAGACGGCGAUUCCGCAGAGAACCUGAUCUCAAUCCAGAGCUUGUCCAGCAGGUUGAAAGAGAUAUACUCAACAUUAUGGCUGGUGGGACGGUAGAGAGUUCGCAUGUGGUUGGGUCCGAGGCAGGUGAUGAGCUCAGGACAGCUGCUCCGACACAAGUGGCAAAGCCAGAAGACAUUCCUAUGCAGGCUUGUGCUAAUGGUGGUGCUGAACGUGACCGAAGUGACUCUGAUGAUUCGCUGGAACCUGAAAGUUAGGGCAACAAGUACUGACCUGGCUGGAAGAACCUGCAUUACUCUCUCAUAGUUUUAGUUUUGCUCUUUGAAGUGCAGGGUUGAUUUGCAAAUUGGAUUGAUUUCCUGCAAAUUUUGGCUGCUACAACAUAGCAGUUGUAGGCGGAUCUUUGUUAUAUUUGACGUACCAGGUUCGGAGAAGGAUUUUCAAGAUUUUUAGGAUCCCUAAUUUGAAUUUUCUUUUAAGAUCCAAAAAAUUAGCGUGAUACGGAAUUCGGUUGGGAGAGCGAUUAGAGAUGGAGUUGGCUUAUUUGAUUUAGGAUUUUUUUUUCAGAAUUGAUGCAAGAUUUUCAUUUUAAGUGUUGAUUUUGUCAGAUAAUUAUCUUCCUUUUUGGACACUGAGUUUUGAAUUGUUAUUUGAACUAAAGUUUGAUCAUUAAUAUUGAAAUUUAUUUAA